UUGAAAACGACUGGAGCUCGCGCACGCUUUAACGGGACGACUUCAGGAAAGAGCAGGGAAUGUAUGGAAAUGAGGGUUUUUUUCUUGUGGGUAAACAGAGCUGCUAAAGGAGAACAACGUUUUACAAACAUAAAGAGAGGGUUUUAAAGAUAUGUUCUAGCUUAAUUGCCAAACAAAUCAAAAUGCGAAGCGUUCUCUGAGGAGGAGCUCAACGAAGACCGCCAAUGUUCACCUUUUUCUAGACACUUUUCAACAAGUUCUUUAAAUAUUUUUUCGCUACUUGUUUCAGUAAAAACAACACGGCGACAACAUGGCAGAGCACGAAAGCUUGGAGUUUGGGAAGGCAGACUUUGUGCUUUUAGACAACGUGUCGAUGGAGGAAUUCAUGGCCAACUUAAAACUCAGGUUUGAGAAGGGGAGGAUCUACACCUACAUUGGUGAGGUGGUGGUGUCGGUGAACCCGUACCGUGCCAUGAACAUCUACAGCCGGGACACCGUAGAGCAGUACAAAGGUCGUGAACUAUACGAGAGGCCGCCACACCUUUUCGCCAUUGCUGAUGCUGCUUACAAAGCCAUGAAGAGAAGGAACAAAGACACUUGUAUUGUUAUCUCAGGGGAAAGUGGUGCAGGAAAAACCGAGGCCAGCAAGUACAUAAUGCAAUACAUAGCUGCUAUUACCAACCCUAAUCAAAGAGCGGAAGUUGAAAGAGUAAAAAACAUGCUGCUGAAAUCCAACUGUGUCCUGGAGGCCUUUGGAAACGCCAAAACCAACCGCAAUGACAACUCCAGCCGCUUUGGCAAAUACAUGGACAUCAACUUUGACUUCAAAGGAGAUCCCAUCGGGGGCCACAUCAACAACUACCUACUGGAGAAGUCCAGGGUAAUUUUCCAGCAGGAAGGCGAGAGGAGCUUCCACUCAUUCUACCAGCUGCUGAAAGGAGGUCCAGAUUCCCUCUUACGCUCUCUUCACAUUCAAAAAGACCCAACGGCUUACAACUACAUAAAAGUUGGAGGCCAGAUUAAGUCUGGCAUCAAUGACAGCGCUGAUUUCAAAGCUGUAGCCGACGCCAUGAAAGUAAUUGGGUUCACAGUCGACGAGAUUCAGACUGUUUACAAGAUCCUGGCCACCAUCCUGCAUCUGGGAAACCUGACUUUUGGAGUGGAUGGUGAUGUUACCCUGAUAGAGAACACAAAGCUUGUCUCUGUGAUUAGGGAGCUCCUUUCCACCAAGGAGGAAAGUGUGGAGAAGGCUCUGCUGUAUCGCACAGUGGCAACUGGUCGAGACGUCAUUGAAAAACAGCACACCACACAGGAGGCCAGUUAUGGCCGAGACGCUCUUGCAAAGGCGAUGUACGAGCGUCUGUUCUGCUGGAUUGUUGGACGCAUCAAUGACAUUAUUGAGGUGAAAAAUUAUGACGCCAGAGUCCAUGGAAAGAACACGGUCAUCGGAGUGUUGGACAUCUAUGGGUUUGAAAUUUUCCAGAACAACAGCUUUGAGCAGUUUUGCAUCAACUACUGUAAUGAAAAACUGCAGCAACUCUUCAUUCAGCUGGUUCUGAAGCAGGAGCAGGAGGAGUAUCAGAGAGAAGGCAUCCCCUGGAAACAUAUUGAUUACUUCAACAACCAGAUUAUUGUUGACCUGGUGGAGCAGCAGCAUAAAGGCAUCUUCUCUGUUCUGGAUGAAGCCUGCAUGAAUGUGGGCAAAGUCACGGAUGAGGUCUUCCUGCAGGGACUGAACGUCAAGCUGGCCAAGCACGCCCACUUCACAAGCCGCAAGCUCUCACCAACUGAUAAGAGUCUGGAGUUCGACAGAGACUUUCGCAUCAGACACUAUGCAGGGGACGUGGCGUACUCAGUGGUGGGCUUUAUUGAUAAGAACAAAGACACCCUGUUCCAAGACUUUAAGAGGCUUUUGUACAACAGUUCCAAUCCAGUACUGAAGGGGAUGUGGCCUGAGGGCAAACUGAGAAUUACAGAGGUCACCAAACGGCCGCUGACAGCAGCAACAAUCUUCAGAAACUCCAUGAUUUCUUUGGUGGAGAACCUUGCCAGCAAGGAACCCUACUACGUCCGCUGCAUCAAGCCCAAUGACGUCAAAUCUCCUCUUCUGUUUGAGCCCGAACGCUGCCGCCACCAGGUGGAGUAUCUCGGCCUGCUGGAGAACGUCAGAGUGCGUCGGGCCGGCUUCGCUUACAGACAGAUAUAUCAGCGAUUUCUGCAGAGAUACAAGAUGAUCUCAGAGUUUACAUGGCCCAACCAUGACCUGCCAUCAGACAAAGAUGCCGUUAAGAAGCUUCUGCAGGGCUGCAAGUUUGACCACGACGUGGCUUAUGGCAAAACAAAGGUCUUCAUCCGCACCCCGCGUACUCUCUUCAGCCUGGAGGAGCAGAGAGCUGAAAUGGUCCAAAGAAUUGUCGUCUUCCUCCAGAAGGUUUGGCGGGGCACUCUUGCCAGAAUGCGAUACCGGCGGAUGCGCGCUGCGCUCAUAAUCCUGCGGGCCUACCGACGCUACAAGGUCAAGUCCUACAUCCGCGAGGUCAACCGUCGCUUCAAAAAUGUUCGCUCCAUGAAAGACUAUGGCAGACACGUGAAGUGGCCAACACCUCCUAAAGUCCUGCGCAAGUUUGAAGAGGCAAUGAAGAGCAUCUAUAACAGGUGGUGGGCAUGGACACUGAUCAAAGACCUUUCUCCAGAGGAGACUCUGCAGGUCAGGGCCAAGGUAGCCAGCCUGGAGGCCCUGAAGGGCCAGAGGGCCGACUUGGGGUUGCAGAGAGCUUGGGAAGGAAACUAUGUGAAGCGUGACAACCCUGACACCGCUUCGUCAUUCACUCUUGUUUCUAGCGAGCUGCAGCGGAAAGACAAGUUCAUGAGAGUUUUGUUCUCCUGCAACGUGAGAAAGAUCAACCGUUUUCACAAGGCGGAGGACCGGGCUCUGCUCAUCUCUGACCGACACCUGUAUAAAAUGGACCCCCUGAAGCAGUACAAACCCAUGAAGAGCAUCCCCCUCUACAAUGUGACAGGACUGAGCGUGUCCCCUGGGAAGGAUCAGCUGGUUGUGUUUCACACCAAGGACAGUCGGGAUCUCGUGGUGUGCCUGCAGGGCAUGGUGCCUGCCAAUGAGAGCCGCAUCGGGGAGCUGGUUGGCACCCUGCUCAGUCAUUUCAAGAGUGAGAAGAGGAAGCUGCAGGUGAACAUUACAAGUCCCAUCCAGUGCAGCAUGAACGGGCGAAAGUGCACGGUCGUCGUCGAGCCAAAGAUCAACCAGUCACAUCCGGACUUCACCAAGAGCCGAGCUGGCUACAUCCUGGCUGUUCCUGGCAACUAAAACGGGCCGAAAGAAGAAAAGCGCAAUAGCUGAUUUUAAACCAUUCAGAGAUUAUAAUGAAGAUUGUUUUGAUUUGCGGAGCUGCUGUUGAUGUGGCAAGUAGCUCUACAUAUGGAUUGAUUCUUUAAGCUAAGCCAAAUUUGUCCUAGUUUUGCUAGAUGUGUCAUUAAAGAAGGCGAUGUCAGCUAAAAGGAUAUGCACUUAUUACUUACCAAAGGGGAACUGUUGCUUUGGUUAAAAUCUGUAUUUGAGUUGAUUUGCUUUGUGCAAUAUUUAGUUCGCUGCAUACUGAUUAGUGUUAAUCCGAGUGAGAAUGGUUUAUCUAAAAGCUGUUCUCAGAAACACCAUCGUUGCGUAAUAUCAGCAAAAUCCAAACGUUUCACAGGAAUUUCUAAUCCCUGAAGCUCCAUCAGUUAGCCAGCUCAAAUGGGAACCCUUGAAAAAUGAAGAAUAUGGCUGAUUAUGUUUGCUUUAAUGUGUACCAUUUAUGUUUUCAAAAACUAUAAUGCUACCAAAGACCAUUCCUAUCUAAAGGAGAUGGUGAGGAACCUGGAAUGUCUGCUUUACUUAAUGUUUACAGGUGUAUCAUGAAACUGGGCCAAAGUCUCAGCGACAAAUUAUUUUAGUUUUCAUCACAGGAUGUUUGGUAGAAUGUGUUGAGCGCAUUCUUAACGAAACAAUCCUGCUACAUAAGCAUGUUAAAGUGUUGGCAAAAAAUGAACAGCAAGUAUCAAAUUAAACAAACUCUUCAUUUUAUUUCAUAUCGACUGUAGACGUAAAACUCAACGCUUUAACAGAAUUGUUUGCCAGUACUUCAUAAAGAUGGAGAUCAUGUUUGAGUGAGACUAAAGACGCAGGUUAUCUUUUCUAACUCCAUUAGUUUGCUCAGAGCUUCACCUACAGGCCACAGAGACGGAGUUGGACACAUUUGGACAGUUCUUUUCAUCAGUCAGCUCUUUGGAGACUUGUCUUUUACUUGUGUCAAAGCUUGGAAACCCAAACGGUGCAAACCACAUGAGUUGUGCUACAGUCAUCCCUUAGCUUUUUUUUUUUUUUUUUGUGUUGGCUAAAUACAGAAUGCGUUUUUCUCUGUUUUGCAAAAGAAUCUGUCAACACUGAAUUUCACCAAACACAAAUGUCAUGUUUUAGGAUUUGGAUUUCAUUGUACGGUAAUGAAUGAAAAAAAAGAUGCAUACACAAAGAACUAAACCAUUAAAAAUAACGAGAUACACACAGUUUCCACAAAGGCGAUGUCAGUUAAAAGCCCCUGGCUAUUCACACCACAUAUACAUAUCUCACUUAUUAGCAAUUAUAUUCAAAACCUUGGAUUGAACAAAGUAGAGAUUUUGGGCUCAAAUUAUUCUAACCCCACAUUUCAUUGAGGUGAAAUAUUUAUUUCUGAUCUUUUUAAUAUUUUCCACAGAAAGUGGUUCUUGUAGAUGUUCUGGAGCUUUCAUUAAAGUAUUUGUUUAUAGAAAAACAUUUUUUCCAUCUUACAUUGUUGCUAACUGCUAACAUCCUAGCUUACAAGCUAACCACUAAGCCAUUAUUAAACAGUUUGCUGCUGCUGUGUACACUAGUUAGAUAACCAUUAAUGUAAUAUAACAAAUAAAUAUCCCUAGUAUUUUCUCUGAUUUUUCUUAAUUUUGUCUAUUUUGAUGUUAAAAAUGCAUCCAUAGACUGAACAGAAAAAGCUCAAAUUCUAACCUAAAUAUUUUUUUUUUUUGCAACUUGUUAACUGUAGUCUAAUCACUUUCCUUAUCUAUUUUACUGUUGUAGGACGUUGCUUUAAAGGGACCAAUCAGAUUGAUUUAAUUUCUGUUAACAUGGCUUCUGGUGUUUAGGAGAGUCUGCUAAUAAUAGGAGUGACAGAUUAAAUUUGAAAGUAAUGUAUUUUUAUUCAUGCCGUCUUUCUAUUAAACCUUAGAUACUCUUAACUAUAAAAAAUGUAAAAACACAUUCAUGUACAGUUCCUUAAUACUUUGAUUGUCGUUCUAGUUUUGAUCCUGAAAGUUUAAUUAGAGAGCUCCAGAACAUUUACAGAAAUGUUCACUUCCUUUGCUGUUUUCUUUGAACAACAAGAAAUAUCUGCCUAAUCUCCAUGUUCUGCUUACAAUUUCCACACAUCUGCUUAUUGGAGGACUAAAUGUCUUUCUAGAUGCUUUAAUGGGAAUUGCAUAAGUGACAAAAUCAAGCAAAACGACAAACGCUUUCUGACUAAAUGCUUUCUUUAUGCUUCACAACAGGAAGGAGAACUUUAGUGGACUUUUAGGCAAGUGCUGCACUGUCAGCCAACUGUGUUGGAUUUAUCCAGGUAUUGUUUAAGUACUUUGACAAUGUUUCCCACCUUUUGAAGAGUUAUACAUGUUCAGUUGGCUAAUGAAGCGCUUUUAGAUGAGAAAAACUGUUGUGCAAAUUGUAGCGAAAAAAAUCGAAUCAGGGAAGUGUAGGUUUUAUUAGACAGUCUACAAAGGAGUUUUUCUGUGUGUGUGUGUGUGUGUGAACUGUAGCAGCGCAGUUCUGCAUUUCCUCCAGCGUGGUAAUUUCCCACUGGAUUUUCCUCUUUUUCCCUCCUCUCUGCUUGGCUCUUCACCGCUCAUCAUUAGGAUGAACUUUGUGUCAUUUCUUACUUCAGCACUUCUCUCCAGGCCAGAGAAGGGUUGGUGAACAAAGCCUCAUUUUUUUUUUUUUUUUCUUUCUCCCGUCUCCCUCAUUGCAUGUCUCCACUCUACACCAAAUCACUCGGCUCCUGGGCCAGCAUAGCUGGGGCAUAGCUGGCCCAGGAGCCGCUGCACUGCUGGCCGUUCAAGAAUUGUUCUUUCUUUUUUUUUGUUUUUUGUUUUGUUUUGUUUUACUCUGUUUUCAUGAACUCAAAUGCUUUCAGAUGACAUUUUUAAAAAUACAAGAUUGCAAAGAAGAAUUAUGGAUAUCCCAAAGCAUUUUAACGAGUACACAGUAUUUCAAAUUUAUUAUCGUUGUACUACCAGCAUUAUUUGAUUGCUACUUUGUUAAAUAUUGCAGAAAGAGUUUGAGACAAAUUUGGUACUCUCCGAAAUAUGAAUAAGAUUUCUCACCAUCUGUGGCAAUGAAGCUAAAAACAAAAAACUGUAAAGCUCCGUACAUCAUUAUUUAUCACUAAUCAUGUAGCCACCGGAAUUAAUCUAUAUAUUCACAUAUGGCGUGUUUUUCUGUUAUCAUGCCGCACAAAUGCUCACAAUCUAUCUGGCCACAGAUCUGUUUUAUUAUUUUACGUAUUUUUGAAAUACGCAGGGAUUUUUGUACAACAAAAGAACUUUACACUACUGUGAAAAGUUCUAAUUCCUAUUUUUUUUUUUUUUUACUUCCCAUGAGAGAGAUUUUGUUGUAAUCCAUUAUUAUUUCAAAAAAAAAAGGUUGUUUGCUUUGGAUUUUUGAUGCUUUUUCAUUUAAAAUAUUACAUUUCAGACGCUCGAUUCUUCACAAAAAUUGUUCCCAUUUCAUGAAUCUGUGAAACACAUUUUAAAAAGACAGAAAAUUGUUUGUUUGUUUUUUUUUUUCCUUGACCUGAUCGUUUCCGAACAACUAUUUGCUGAAAAUUUGGCCGUCAACUAAAAGAUGGUGCAUGGAAGACCUUUGUCAGAAUUUCAAGGCCUGAUUUUCCGCUGUUGUAUAUAUAUUUUUAUUUUUUUGGCCUUCUUUUGUCCCACACUUGUCAACUUUCCUUUUUUCAAUAGGUAAUGACGAGCUUGCAGUCUGGUCAGGAGCAGGGCAGAAACUAGCAAAAAGCAGCCAAAGUCCAAGCAAAAACUUUCAAAAGGGCAAAGCCCAAAGAACUCGCAAUCAAAACCACUUUCAUAGAUAACUAGAAAGUUUAAAAUUUGGAAACAAAUUCUAAGAGUUCAAAAGGAUGUUUCAAAAUUAUACACAGUACUUAUACAAUAUAAUUUUAUGGCAAAAUGCUCAAAACUCUUGAGUUAUAGUUUCCCCAAGUUACAAAGUUCAAAAUAAACUUCCACAAACUGUAGGCCGGAGUGGUUUUCUGUUCUGUCCUUAGAGCAAAUGAAUAGAAGCCGAAAGCAGUCGAGUUUUUGCAUCUGCACUUUCUAACUUUUGCUGAUCUGUGGCUAAAUCUGUAAAAGUAAAAGUAACUCCCCAGGAUUUUCUGAUCACUCGUUGUUUCUGAAAACUACCGUACAUUACAAUGCGUGCAUUAUUAUUAUUUGAAGGCCGAGGAACAAUAUGCAGUGUUGGCAGAUUUAUUUUUCUUUGAUUUAUUUUUGGGAUUUGGCAUUCAGUUAUAUAUAUAUAUAUAUGGAUGGAUGGAUGGAUAGAAAUAUUGUUAACAAACCAUCCUAUUUCUUUUUAUUCCAUUAUACUUUAGUCUGAAACUGAAUGAGAGCUUUUGUGCCAUUAUAUUCUUCCCCCUUACUGUGAUCUGUUGUUGUUUUUUUUUGUUUUCUUUUACCCAAUCCAUGUCAGCCAAAUCGCAACUGAUUAUGUCUUCUCUGUAAUUUCUGUUGUCAGCGGCUUUAAGUUAAAUCUGUGUGUAUGCACCUUUCCUUCAAUAUGUGCCUAAUUUUAUAUUAAGUUUAUAUUUUGUAAUAUUUCCAUACUAUAUAUAAUUAAAAAAAUCACAAGUAAAACUAAAGGGAAAUGCUGUAAUUCUGUGUUGUGCAUAGUGUUUUUGUAUGAUUCAGGUUCAGCUGUUUAUGAUGUUCCACAAGGAUAAAUAUUGCAUUAAUCAAUUUAUUAAUAAAUGUAUUUGCUUCA